ACAACAACAACAACAACAACAACAACAACAACAACAACAACAACAACAACAACAACAACAACAACAACAACAACAACAACCAUGUCUCUCCCCCGCCGCGCCCUCAUCGCCAUCACCUCGGCCCACGCCACCCUCUUCCAAAACACCGAAACAACCGGCCUCUUCAUCACCGAGGCCCUGCACCCCUUCCUCGUCCUCACCGCCGCCGGCUUCGACGUCGACCUGGCCUCCGAAACAGGCGCCUACACGCCCGACUGGCUCUCCCAGCAACCCGAUUUCCUCUCCGGCACCGACCUUGCUAUCUGGAACGACACCGCCAGCGCCUUCCGCAGGAAGCUGGAUAACAUGCCGCGCGCGGAUGAGCUUGAUGCGGAUGAGUAUGGGGUGUUUUAUGCGUCGGCGGGGCAUGCCGCGCUGAUUGAUUACCCGGCUGCGAGGGGGUUGCAAAGGGUUGCGGAGAGGGUGUGGGCGAGGGGCGGGGUGGUGGCGUCGGUUUGUCAUGGGCCGGCGAUUUUUGGGGGGGUGAGGGAUGAGGUGACGGGGGAGGCGGUUGUGAAGGGGAAGAAGAUGACCGGGUUUACGACCGAGGCGGAGGAGGUGAUGGGGAUUAUGGGCGAGUUGAGGGGGUGGGGGGCGGUUAUGGUGGAGGAGUUGGCGGAGGAGUUGGGGGCGGAGUACAAGCGCGCCCCUGGUAUCUGGGAUGACUUUCAUGUUGUUGAUGGUCGUCUUGUUACUGGCCAGAAUCCGGCGAGUGCGACCUCGACUGCUCGCGCUGUGGUGGAGGUGUUUGACGCCCUCUGAUUGAGGGGUGGCUGGUUGCUUUUGAGGAUUCUUUUCUUUCCUUUUCCUUUUCAAACGCGGACAUAGACUACGAGGUCAUCGAAUGAAUACCAAGUACCUUCGCUCUU